CCGGGAAAUAGAGGCGAGUGAAGGCAAAUACAACAUCAGCAACAAGCACUGGCUGGAUAGCAGUUACACGGGACAGGCAGAGUUGGUUGAUUGUAGUGACUCAGUGAAAGAUUGUGACGCUAAUCCUUGUAAAAACGGUGGAACUUGUGUAGAAGUACCCAGUAGAAAAACCUACAAAUGCAACUGUACGGAUGCAUUCACAGGCAAAAACUGUUCAGAACCAACAGCCGUCGCGCCGAGUACGGACGCAUCCCAAACUGUUGCAAGUCUUGAUAGAGGCAAUGGACAACCUGAAAAUUCAGAUGACUAUGACUUUGAGCUUAUAUUCAGAAAAACUCAACAUACGAGCUAUGUGAAACACGAUAUGAAUUACAAGUGGGUUUCACACUUUACAGUCUGUGCCUGGAUACACACACCAGAUUUACAACAGAGCCAAGAGAUGACUGUGAUAAGUAUUUUGAACGAGAAGAAUGGCGGCAGCCACAACGUUGUGAGAUUGAGAAUCGACGGAGAAGGCAACAUCUAUUUUUCAUUUGGAAGUGACAGGACCUCCCUUUCCAACGUAUUCGCUACCAGUUCUCCGAAGGAUGAAAUGGUCUUCCUCUGUGUUCGUAUCCAACCUGACCAGUCACCUAAAAUGGAAGCGAUUGUAAAUGCAAAUUUCGGUUCAAAAAAGACCAGCGACGGAGUUAAGUACGAAAACGUUCAGUGGACUCAAGUAAUCGUCGGACAAAAUCAGGGCAAUGACGGUACUAUUACAAACGACACCCCAUUCUAUGGAAGGAUUUCGAACUUAAACAUCUGGUUUAACUCUCUCACUGAUGCCCAAAUUACAAAUUGGUACAACGAAGUUCAGAAAAAUUACAUACCUAACAUUCUUAAAUGGCCAGAACUUGGUUCUUCUUCCAGGAUUGGAGACGUUCAUUUUGUAAAGGUCACUUCUGCAGGGAGACAGUGGCGUGACGUUUUGGAUAGUGAGGUGGAUGUACAAACAACAAAUGAUGUUUCGGCGACGAAAUCUUUUAAGAGUGGAUCUGGAGUUGUUAUCGAAGUUGAGCGUCAGUCACCAGUCUCUUGUAGUAAUGCAACUGAUUCGGCCACAGUUGACGGCGUGUUGAUAUCUGUAUCUGGAAGCUGGAAAAGAAUCAAAUACAAGCAGACGUUCAUGGAAACUCAGAAAUGUUUUGCAAUUUUUGGGAGCGUUCCUAACUGGGCCUCUGGUAUAUACACUCCCGGUGUUUUGGAAUUCGACCUUGAUUUGGAUGAACUUUGGAAAGAAGAAUAUCUUGGCCCAAAUGGUAAUCAUUUCGAUGGUGUGAAUGCUUUGUGCGGUGAUGAACACUUUUGGAUGGUAAAUCAACAAAAUACACCUGUAGCCGGAGUCAGUCUGAGACGGGAGAGCGGCGCGUCGAAUGCUGGGAUAUCCACCUUUGGCAAGUGUGGGAUGUUCAAGUUCAAGAUUUCUGAUAUUCGUGUUCUGGAAUAA